AUGGCAUGGCAACCGCAGGACGAGCCAUUGAGGCAAUUGGCUGGAUUUCUACAUGAUUCAUUGAACGGAAGCGAUGGCUCUACACGAAAACAUGCUGAACAGAUGCUGGUGCAAGCUACAACCUCCCCAGAUUUUGCAAAUUAUCUCACCUACCUGUUCAGCACGCCCCAACCACCUUCUCAUAUCGGGUUUGAUCUUCACACUUAUAAUGUUAUUCGGAUCGCAGCGGCAUUGAACCUAAAAACUAAACUUAGAGUCGCGUAUGGGACUGUUACACCAGAGAGUCUGGAAUAUAUUCGUUCAUCUGCGCUUUCAGUACUCCAAGACCCUUCCCCGCCGAUUCGCAAUUCGGCCGGUUCCAUAAUUGCAGAGAUCGUCGCGCGAGGUGGCCUUCUGGCAUGGCCAAAUUUGCUGGAUGAACUUCUUUCCCUGGUCUCGAAUUCUUCGGGAUCUGUGCCGAUGUUAACCCAGGAGGCGGCCAUGUCAGCUCUGUCGAAGGUCUGCGAGGAUAACAAAAAGCUGCUGGAUAAAGAUUUCCAGGGUCAGCGACCAUUAGAUAUUAUUCUCCCGAGGGUAAUGCAAUGCACAUCCAACCCUAGCCCAAGAAUUCGCUCUACCGCUCUAGCGACAAUCCACAUGUUCCUUUCGCAAAGACCAAAUAUUUUAAUUGGCUCGUUGGAUACUUUCCUUGGCCAUGUAUUCCAGCUUGCCAGUGAUCCAAAUACCGAUGUUCGGAGGAUGGUAUGCCAGUCUUUUGUGCAGUUAGUGGAUAUCGCCCCGGAUAACCUCAUUCCUCACCUUGGGGGGCUGGUUGACUAUGUGCUCAUGCAACAGCAUGAUCCCGAGGACCCGGAAUUGGCUUUGGAUGCAGCAGAGUUUUGGCUGGCCAUUGGGGAGCAGAAAAAAUUACAUGAGCCGUUAGUGCCAUACUUAAGUAAAAUUAUACCUAUUCUUCUUCGCAGCAUGAUAUAUGAUGAGGACGACGCGAUACUUUUAGCUGGAGAGCAUGACGACGCCGAAACCGAAGAUAAGGUAGAAGAUCUGAAGCCUCAAUUUGCUAAAACCAAAAGCUCUCGGUUACAGUUGACUGGUGGUGAUGACAAGCCCAAUGGUGAUGUCAAUGAAGCUGGCGCAGAUGAUGAUGAUCUGAGUGAGGGAGAAAUAGAAGAUGAUUUGUACGAGUAUGGAGACGAUGACCCCGAGGCGGAAUGGACAUUACGAAAAUGUUCAGCAGCGGCACUGGAUGUUUUCGCCAACGUGUACCAUCAACCUGUUUUCGAAAUCAUAUUGCCGUAUCUCAAAGAUAACUUGCGGCAUGCCCAAUGGACGAAUCGAGAAGCUGCUGUGCUAGCGCUCGGCGCUAUUGCAGAUGGCUGUAUGGAUACCGUUACACCUCAUCUACCAGAACUCAUCCCUUACCUUAUAUCCCUCCUUUCAGAUCCUGAACCAAUCGUUAGGAAAAUUACUUGUUGGUGCCUCGGCAGAUAUUCGGAAUGGGCUGCUCACCUUGAUGCGGCUGAAAAGACCCAAUUUUUCGAGCCGAUGAUGGAAGGGAUUCUGCACAGGAUGUUAGAUAAUAAUAAGAAAGUCCAAGAGGCAGCGGCAUCAGCGUUCACGAGUUUAGAAAUGAAAUCGGACGCGAAUCUUCUGCCAUAUUGCCAGCCGAUAUUGCGGCAGUUCGUUCUCUGUUUCGAAAAGUACAAAGAUCGCAACAUGUACGUACUUUACGACUGUGUCCAAACUUUGGCUGAAAGCGUUAUGUCCGAGCUAGCGAAGCCAGAACUGGUGGAUAUCCUUAUGCCUGCACUUAUCCAGCGAUGGAACAAAUUAUCUGACCAGUCCAGAGAACUUUUCGCAUUACUAGAAUGCUUGGGCUACGUGGCUGCUGCUUAUGGUGAUGCUUUCUCUCCCUUUGCUCCUCCGAUAUUCGCCAGAUGCGUUAAAAUUAUAUACACGAAUAUCCAGGAUUACCUUACCGCAGUGAAUCACAACACUGGUGAGGAACCUGAUAAAGAUUUCCUGGUAACAAGUUUAGACAUGCUCGGUUCGAUUAUCCAGGCUAUUGAUCCCCAGAAAAGCUCAGAACUAGUAACCACGUCCCAACCACCGUUUUUUGAACUUCUCCGCUUCUGUCUUGAAGAUUCCAACUGGGAAGUACGGAUGUCGUCAUAUGCCCUACUUGGAGAUUGUGCGAUCAAUAUUUUCCCUACUCUUGCACCCGUCCUUCCUACAAUAAUGCAGAUCCUAAUCAAACAGCUUGAUCUCAACCUAAUAAGAGACGAUGAGUCUGAGAAUGGUCUUCGUGUGAUAAACAAUGCUUGCUGGGCUUCAGGCGAGAUUGUUGCUGCUAGCAAAGACGGGAUGGCUCCAUUUCUGGAAAAUCUUUUCCAGGCUCUCACCGCAAUCAUGAGCAACGAAGAAGUUCCCGAUUCUGUUAACGAAAAUGCAGCGAUGGCUUUGGGUCGCUUGGGAAUCGGAUGCGCUCAACAGCUUGCCCCGCACUUAGGAGAGUUUGCAGAUAUGUUCCUUCGAUCAAUGACCAAAAUCGACUUCACCCGCGAGAAGGCAAGCUCGUUCUUUGGAUUCAAUCAAGUCGUCCGGGAAAACCCAAAGGCUAUGGAAAGUUGCCUUUCGGAUUAUUUCCAUGCAAUUGCCGUAUUUCCGCGUAAAUCCUUGAAUCAGCCUCACUUCGAGGACUUACAACAGUCGUUCCAGCAGGUGCUUCAAGGAUACAAAGACCUAAUCCCGGACUUCAACUCGUUUAUGGCCUCCCUACCCCCUGCCAUUUCCAGAAAACUCCAAACUGCGUAUCAACUCUGA